CUACCUCCUGAGGGCCGUUGCUGCGCCUGCGCAGAAGCCAUAGAGCGGCGUUCCUGCCCUCUUCAGCGCCUUUCUGCGCCCUAAGGGGAGGGAACGGGGUGGGGCGCGAGGUGUUCCUCUUGGUCGACGAGCAUUCAAACGUGCGGAUGCCCCUCUUUACUUGUCCUGCAUCAUUCGGUGGCUAAAUCACAUUCUGCCUUUUAAACAAAACCACGAGUACAGCAAUGCGCUCACUGACAUGUAGCCAAAACCUGAGACACUGAUCUGCCCCACUUGAGCCCUGGCAAUUAAUUCAGAGUCUUCAGCCAGCUGAGAUUCUGCCUAGAGAAGGUUGUUAUUCCUCUGUACCGGGACAUCUGAAACCUCACAGCAGUCUCAGCAUUCCACAAGCUGUGAGGAGGUAUACCAAACCUGCUAGGGUUGAGAACAGGUUGAUGAGAUAAUUAAAAACUUCAAAGCAGAUUUUUUUGUAAUUUUUUUUUUUUUAACUGAAUGAGGGACCUGACCUACUCAGCAUAUGACCUUUUGGCUGGAUAAAAGCUUUGUUUUUAGCAGCAACAAGGAGGAAAUGCCAAGUGCAGUCAUCACUAUCCUUCUUAAAUACUAUAGGGAAAGUCAGAAGCAAAUUGAAACAAAUGUGGGAAAAUGAUGGAAACAUCACCCCUCAGUUCAGCAAGGCCAACAUUUCACUCCUAACCCUCUCCUUUCCCUUUUUUUUUUUUUUUUUUUCUUUUAAGGCUUUAAUUUAUCACCUCUUUCAGAAAGAAAAAAAUAUUUUUCCCACAUGCAAGUUACAAAGUUGAUUUAUCCUGGGCAGCCAUACACAACUGUAAGCUUAAUACCAGUAUUACUGCUGGCAUACCAUAUCCUAUAGAAAUUCCAACUCUGAUAUCUUCAACAUUACAACACAUUCACCAAGGAAAUCUUUGAAAAGCCACUUAGAAACCGGUCUCCCUGCCUGCAGGGCUGGUCUGCCACCACCUCCAGCAGACACUGCUGACAGAAACGAUGCAGGCUUGUGCCAUUAUGCAGUACCAGCUGGAUGCUUACCUUUGAGCAAACCAAGAAACACGCUCCCAAGAAAAGAUCCUUUCAAUCCACUUGGUCUGGUUCCCCUGAGGAUUACGCACUGAGCGAAACAUCUGCUGACCUAAAUGCAAAGAACUGAGACUUCCUCUUUGAGGUGUUGCUUUUUCCCCCUCCCCUCACCAGGAUGAGCUCUCUGGCUGAGGCUGACACAGAGCAAAUAAGCACAGGAGUGGAAGGGGGGGGUUUAAAAAAAAAAUUUAAAAGCAAACAACAGGCAGAAGAAACCAACAACCAAACAGCAGAACUGGUAUCUAGAGGGUGCUGAGGAGCAGCAUGGAGCAGCCUGCAGAAGCCCCUCAGGCAGCACCCAGACGAAUCUCCCAGGAGAGACAGAAGCUCACAGGUCUGCCCUUGUACUUUCAAGGUUACCUGUCAGUCCGGCGCUCACAGAGCCAGGAAUUUAGACUAUUUUGGACAGAACUGAGAGGAACCACGCUCUUCUUUUACAAUGAUAAGAAGGCACCAAAGUACUCACAUAAACUAGAUAUAUCAGCUUUGACCUCAGUAACCAAUAUUUAUCCAGAUGAAAAUGACUCUGCACAGUUCAUCCUGAUGUUGUUGAAUGAAAAACUGGAAGUGAAGGCUGAUAACUGUGAAUAUGGGAAAGAAUGGAAGGGUUUUAUUCUCACCGUAACAAAGUUGUCAGUUCCACUGGAUGAGUCGUUAUCACCUGAACAACUUAGAAAAAUACAUGAAGUGCUAGAUAAAGAAAAGAAAAGAAGGAUUAUGCUUAAUGACUGUUCCAGCACAUCCCAGAAUAAAGAAAGCCUUCCCAGCAAGGACUACAGUAGUACAGUGACCACUAUGCCAGCGUGCUUCUAUGCAGUAUCUCGGAAAGAAGCAAUAGAGAUGUUAGAAAAUAACCCAUUGUGUGGGAAUUUGAUCCUACGUCCUGGCAGUGACAGCAAGAACUAUGCAAUCACUGUCCGACAUGUGCUGAAUGCUCCAUGCAUAAAGCACUACAGAGUGAUACCCAGAGAAAGAAGUUACAUUAUUGAAUUGGAAAGACAGGUGACAGUUAAAAGCCUUCAGGAUGUUAUCAGUUACUUUGUGAUCCAAACCCAUGGGAACCUGAAGCCUUUCAUCAUGCAGACAUGCAAUGAGGCUCUGCAAAUGGACCAGAGUUCUGAAAGCAAAACACAAGAAAAAUCCUGAUGAAAUACAGAAGUACAAAAAGGAGCCACUAUCCAUCCUCUGGGAAACUGGAGAUUCAGCCUUCAAAACAAGUGCCUGAAAUAGUCAGCAGCAGGACCAAAAUUUAGUAUUUUAAGCCUCUAAAGCAUGCCACGCACUGUAUCUGACUAUUGCCAUGCAAGAUGAUUCACUUACUUAGAAGACAUUUUUGCUGGUGUGGUUAUCACUGCUGUAACUCAUGACAGGUUUAACACUGAACCUAAAUAAGAAUUCCACACAAUGGAUAAACACCUGCUCUAGCUAUUUCAUCAGACGACACAUUUAUUAAAAUAAACCUCCAAAAGCUAUCUGGUCAAAUCACGCUUUAGAUGGACGUUCAGAUUGCUGUCCUGUACUGAAGCAAAGCCUAUUUUCUGUAAUUAUAGAACAUGUGAUAAUUAACAGGGAUGGACAGACCUUUCAGGUAGAAUUAAACCUGUUGCAUUUGGUUGAAAUACAGUUCUUUUCUUCAAAUGACUAUUAUACAGACAAAACAUUUCUAAAGACAGAAGGAAAGACUAUGAAUGUCAAUUUACCCAAGACCCUCGCUUCUAUUUGAUACAACUUAGAUUUAUAUACAAACCUUGUAUUAUUUCAGGAUGUGAGAUUGUGACAUGGUGUCACAGGUGCCUCUGUAUUUGCUAGAACUGUAGCAUGUUCACAAAUUCACCACAUGUAUUUGGAAAAGGGAGAACGAAAAUACGCUCUUUACGGGGAAAACCAGUGCUCUUUAUUAUGGGAAAACCAGCGUAAAAAGGCAUUUGAAUGAGAAAGAUCUUUAAUGCAGAUAUUAAAUUUAAUCUUUGUAAAUCAACUGCUCUUGCAAAGAAUAAUAUUUUGAAGGAUUACUCAGUGUACUUGAGCACAAAGGUAGUUACUAUCUCACUGUAACAGGGAGAUCCCUUGUUCCAGCUGCUGCAUAAGAAUACAGCAUCAAUCCUAGACACUCACAAGCCUUCACUACAAAGACAAAAAGCAGUUCUGAGAUCCAGGUGAUGUAGUGCACCUCUGCACUGGCAGCACUACACCAGUAGUGACAACAGUGCAGAUCUGGAAAGAACAAAUCCCCCAGGCCCACAGCUCACUUGCCCAGUUUGAGCCCACUGAACACUUGCUGGAAAUGCAGGCAGAAAGUAGUACUUGAUUGAGAAAUGGGCUGCAUCAAACAAAUCCUCACUGAAUCAGCUCACUUCACAUGAGUGAAUGCAUUUACAACACAGCUAUCAGCUAUUCAGAAAGCUAUUCAGUUCGAAACAUGAAAAACCUUUUUAAGAGCCACUUGAUGUGCACACUUCUGUAUGAAGUUCCCUUAGGUAAUAUCUUGUUAAGAAGUUAUCUGAGUUAACUUACAUUCAGAAGAUUUUAAAGGUCUGCUAGAAGUAUCUGGAGAUGUGCUUUUUCAGUUUUAUCUUAAAUUGCGAAGAACCCAUCUGCAGAAUGGACACAUAUCCUACAUACACUCAAUAAGAGCAGUAUCUGUCAGUUCUGCUCCAGCCUACACGUGGAAUUUUCAGCAAGGGUCUCACAAAGCUGUAUGCACUGUCAUCAGUAAGAGUCAUUCUGUUAACUUUAUCUGAGGACCUUAAGGAGGCCUUCAAGCAAAACAGUGAGACUAAUACUAUUUUGCUUUGAUGCAUACCUCAAAAGUAGGAGCACAUUAAGCACCACAACAAUGCACCAGACUGUGUACCUACUCAGAAAUUCAUUUUUUUCCCUAGCUCAUAGUUGUGAGAGGUGACAGUGCUUUUGUUUUAACCUGACCAUUUAAGUAAGUGAUCCUUAGUAAUAAUCAGCAAUUUUAGUUUAGGCUCUAAUAUUGUCACAGGCAAACAUAUUGCAGUUGUUAUUUAAAGUGGAAACUUAUUGUCUGCAUGUGCCUUCUUUGCACUCCAGAUGUAGUA